AUGCUUGCAGGUGUCAGCGGCCAGUAUCCUCUGGUUCAGAAUGUGACUGUGACGGAGGGUGGGACGGCGAACCUGACCUGCCGUGUGGAGUAUAAUGACAACACCUCCCUCCAGUGGUCAAACCCGGCACAGCAGACCCUGUUUUUUGGGGACAAGAAAGCUUUAAGGGACAACAGGAUCGAGCUUAUUCGUGCGUCGUUCUCGGAGUUAACCAUCAGUAUCACUGAUGCCACGCUGUCUGAUGAAGGCAUGUACACCUGUUCUCUCUUCACCAUGCCUGUCAGAACAGCCAAAGCCUACCUGACUGUUCUAGGUGUGCCAGAGAAGCCAGAGAUCGAUGGCCUGACAAAGCCUGCCAUGGAGGGAGACCAGAUCACUCUGACCUGCAUCACUCAGGGCAGCAAGCCCGCCGCCGACCUGCGCUGGUUCAGGAAUGAAAAGGAGGUCAAAGGUGCCAAAGAGGUGAAUGCAAGUGGGAAGACAUUUACAGUACGGAGCUCUCUGCAGCUGCAAGUGGACAGAAAUGAUGAUGGAGUGGCCUACACCUGCAGAGUGGACCACGUGGCACUCGCACAGACACCGCAGCAGGCCACUGAAGUACUGGAGGUCCACUAUGCUCCUCGUGUGGAAAUCAUCCACUCCCUUGCAGUCCCUCAGGAGGGUCAGUACUUAAAGCUGGAGUGUGUGUCCAAAGGAAACCCUUCGCCAGAUCCUGUGAUGUGGACAAAGGAUGGAGGUGAACUUCCUGACCUGGACAGGAUGAUUGUAGAGGGGAGAGAGCUCACCUUUACUUCACUCAACAAGACAGACAAUGGCACCUACCGCUGUGAAGCCAGCAACCACCUAGGGACCAGCAGUGCUGAAUAUGUACUCUACGUCUAUGACGUCCCCACCACCCUGUCUCCAUCCACCACUCCCCCCCUACAUCCCAUCCCUCCAGAUCCUACCGCACUAUUAGGCGCCCACGCCUCAGACCCCACAGUCACUGGCAACAGAGAUCCCAAUGCCAUGGGGCAGCAUGGCACUGACCAUGCCUUGAUCGGAGGAGUGGUGGCUGUAGUGGUCUUUGUCACCUUGUGUUUAAUCAUUGUUCUGGGAAGAUACCUGGCCAGGCAUAAAGGAACAUACUUGACAAAUGAGGCCAAAGGAGCGGACGAUGCACCCGAUGCCGACACAGCUAUCAUCAACGCUGAGGGCAACCAUGCAAACGCAGAAGAAAAGAAAGAAUACUUCAUUUAGACUGCAGAGGGAGCAAUGCAGCUCUCUCUUUCUCUCUUUCGGUCUCUGUAUCUCUUAUCCUCUCUUUCCUGUCUCCCACUUUCCUUCUUCACCUCUGGCCACUGCGGCCCGGCGUGUCAACGAGGAACCCGCAGGCAGUCCACAAACAGAGAAGUUCCCCAUGUGGUUUCCUAUUAUUUCCUUCGAUUCGGUCCAUUUCUGUCAUUUACAUCUUGUCCUUUAAUUCCUUCUUUAUUGGUUUUUCUGUUUUGUUUUUUUUAUUUCUGGCAGAUGUUUUUCACAGGCAGCUUGCUGCGUUUUUCCUCGUCUCUGAACAUGAAUUUCUGGAAAUCUGUGUAUCUACCAUGACUGCUUCUUACAUGACCCCCCUCCCCUUGUACGUCUUUUCUCCCGUUUUCCCGCCAAACCAGACACCCGAACACACAUUAUAUCCCCUUUGUUCACACACGUCCACAAACACAUAUCAUAUCUCACAUCAACACGGUGCCUAAAAAUACAGACGCCAUUGAACUUCUGUCAAUGCCUUCAUGUAUCGUCUGUCAGUAGCAAUGUAAAUGCUUUGUAGAUGGUUAACUGGACCAUCCUUUCAUUGCUUAGCUCACAGCUUUUGAUUAUGCAUUGCAUCUUUUUUUAUUUGAAUGAAGAUCUGUGCUGUUUACGCCUUAUACAUGUCUAUCACACUGAAUAUGGUACUUUUAGAUGAUCCACCUCUCGCGACCCCACCCCCCUUCUAAAUAGACUUGUAAUUAAACAGUUGAUCCCGGUGAGAUAAGAAGAAGGUUUUGUGUAACAUUGUAGCAAGGUUUGUCGGAUAAGUGUAUAAUAUGAGUUUCAUUAGGGUAGGAGUAAAUAAAGGGUAGUGUGGUAUUGUUUAGAGCAGAGAAUACACACCAAAAAUAUAUGAAAGAUACUAGAUGAAGCAUUCCAUCAAGUAAACUCAAUCAAGUAUAUAAAAACCAUUUGCUAAAACUGCUGUCCCUAUGUACUUUUACCUGUAUAUUCCUGCACUGUCCAGGCUGCAGUUUAGCGAAAACACCAACACCUUCAGUGUCAUCUGGACAGCUUACAGUAGUUUGUGAUUUUACAUAAAGGGUUCAGGUGUACAGAAAGAGUCAAUCUCCUCUCUCUAAAAAGCUGUAUAAAUUGUACUGAAAUGAGUUUAGCAUUUCACUUUGAAGAAUUUUGUUUAUGUUUAUGUCACAUUAAAAAAUAAAAAAUUAAGGCUUAAGGACCCCGUGAAAUGUAAAAGAAACCAUUGGGUGUUCAUACGAGAUAAGAACAAGAACACAGGAACAGGAAAUGUAGUGUGACAUUCCUCAGUCUUUCAGUAAUUCUGAUCGAUGCCUCUCGUAAGCUUGAGGUGCAGGCAGCUUUCCACAGUCACUGGUUCAUCGGUAAGCAUUUAAUCAUACUCCAACUUUAUACAAAUACUGAUAAUAGCAGUUUGACUUCAGUCCCAUUUUUUUUGUUCGCAUUGCCACCUCCAAAUUUAGGAUUAAAUAGCUUCUAACAGUUUGGUUAAACUGCUCUCACCAACGUGUCAUGCUUCUUAUUUCCAUUUUGUCGGAGUCACUCUCCAUGAACUUAACAUUGAUUUCCAUUUCAUGGGGUCUUCAAGCAAAAAGGAAAAAAAAAAAAAAAGGGGAAAAAAAAAAGGAAAACAAAAGAAAUGGUGUGAGUGCUGGGUCAUAGAUCUGCAGGGGCCUCCUUUCCAAAACUAAAAACUGAAGACAAAUAGAGAAGCACAAAAAUGUCUGAAUGAGUUACUGUGUUCCUUUGCCAACGACUCGAUUGCCUUGGGAAAAUGACUAGCGGAAAGAUGACAAGGCUGUCUUUGAUUCAAUUAUGAAAAAAGAACAAAAAAAAACAACAAAAAAAAACUGCAGUUCAUCUUUUUGAAAAUGUAAGCUAAAUCAUGUUUUUAUAUUAAAAAAAAUGUUUCUAAUAUUUUUGGUUUAAAUGGUUCUAAGCUCCCUGCUGUAUAUUGUGUCUGCUAAAAUGUGAUUGAUUGUGAAAAUUGCUGUUAAAUUCUGGAUUCCUGUAUUCCCUCAAAUUUGUAUAUUAGCCACCUUAUCUAUUUACUUUUUUUUUUUUUUCAUUUUUCAUUGCAUAAUCCUUAUUGGAAAAAUUUUAAAACAAAUGUAUUUUGUUUUGGCGCAAGGCAUGUAUAUAAUGUGUGAGAACUAAAUUUUGGUAAUACACAUUAGCAUGUUUUUGUUUGGUUCUUUUUCAUGUUUAAUUUAUUUGAAUUGAAGCUAUUUAAGAGAGAACCACAAUGAAAAUAUAUUGCUAACUUAAUUUUUAGAGAAGAAAAGUGGCUUCUUGUGUUUGUGGCAUGCCCUUAGGUGCUACACAUCUGAAGGAUUUGGUGUUUUAGAAAACAUGACCAAAAAAAGAAAAAAAAAGCGUCACUGAAGCAAAUCUGAAAAAGAAAAAAUAAGAUACAGCGUACACUGGCUGCUUGUCUACAGAAAUGCAGGAAAAAUGUGCAUUUGUCCUCACCAAAUCCUUAAAAUACGAGAUGGAAUUGAAAUUAAAAGCAACAUUAUGUCGGUGGCGAGAAAGGUUCCACACAUAAAGACAACCGUUACAUAUCCUAGUAAACAACUUUUGUUUCUUUUCAUACAUCCCUGCCAUUCGUCUUUCAUCAGUUUGCAGGAAUUUGGCUGAUUUACUCCCCUGUGAAACAGCGAUAAACACAUAAAGACUUAAAGGCAAGGCACUAAUCUACUAAGAGGGAGCAAAUUAUUACCAAGGGCAAUAAAAGAGUGGGCCCAGCUGUCUCCAAUUCGGUGGCCAAUUUACAACAUUAUGCAAAUAAGGUCAGCAAGUAAGGUCUUUCUCUAUGUGUUAUAACUCAAGCACUGUUGGAGUGAAUCACAAGUUGGGAGUCAGUCGGUCGAUGGGCUCUGUUUUUGUCGCCUGUCAACCACUGAUGUAGGAUUUAGGUUGUAUAUUACACUUUUAAAUAUACGGAUUUCUUUGUUUUGAAAAUGCAGAAGCUUUGCCACAGUUUUACACUUUUAGUGCACUUCAAUCCGCAGAUCACAAUUUACAGGUUUAACGUCACCGCAAACCUUCGGUAGAUCCAGACUAAAGCGUUCUAGACUGACUCUGGUCUUUAGAAACCUUGUGUGUACAUGUGUGUAGAUACAUUAAUCACAAUGAUGUAAAGUCUUGUUCUUUUUGUUUUUUUUACUUCUCUUUUUGUUUUGUUUUUUUACUUUUCUAUCUACUCAUUGUGUCUUAAAUCACUGAUGGUGUCAAUCACCUUUUCUGUUGCUUAAACGCCUCUUUGUUCAUCUUCUUAGAGUGGUUGAAUGAAUCUGUUGAUUCAGGAGUCAGAGGAACAGUUCAGGGUGUUUUGUAUUAGAUGAACACUCAGAAUUAAGCAGGUCUGCAGUGAAGAGUUGGCAUUAGAAGCGAAACAGGUGCCAUUUGCUGAAAUAUGUACUCGGACCAGUUUGACGGACAUUUCUUAGUAAUUGGUAAAAUGUGUGUUUUGUUUUGUUUUCUGAACACCACAUGUAAAUAUUUGUUUUGACAUGACGGUAAUGAGCUAAUUUGUUGCAAAUGGCUUUUUAUAAUCGUUAGACCAAACCUGAAUCUUGUUUAAUUUGUAUUUUUAACACCUUGGCACAUACCACCAUGCACUAUUUUACUACAACAGAAUCAGCUGUAGCUCUGUUACAUCGUGGGUAUCUAACUUUUAGUUGAAUCUCUUUGUUGUCGUCGGUUGAAACUAAGCUUUAAACACGUCGUCUCCUUGAUAUCCAACAUACAUUGUUUUUGGUUAAUAUUCACUAGAUCAUGGGCCUCUAAUUUCAUCCUGGCAGCAAGACAGUAAUAGCGCCAACAUAGUUGCGGUGCCAUUUUCAUUGGGCACAAUUCCAUUUUCUGGGAUUGUGUGUCUCUAAUUUCCUGGCUCCAAACAAACCCACUUUCUUCAACUGAAGGUGUGAGUGGUGCAGCCGAUGUUGUGCAUUUAUGCAGAUUAAGCAGAGCAAUACUGGCAGUAAUUUUGGCAUGAAAUUGCACACAAUUUUGUGAACAAUUUUCAUGUAGGUGGAGGCACAUACAGACCGGUACAAAAUCACUAAAAGAGACCCUUAAUGCAUACUGUUUUGCCUCUUUCACUGUAUUUUGUUUUUUACAACCUAGCACAUUUAAAUGCACAUUAAAUACAUAUUUUAUUAUGUUGAUAAUCAGUUAAAUGGAUGGGUGGUUUAUACUGCUGUAGAUUGUAGGUUCAUUCUCUUUCAGUUGAUUAAAGCUGCAGCAGUAAUCGUAUGCCUGUGUGUUCUGCCUGUAUUGGAAAACAGACAGUAACAACACAUCUUCUUCUACUUAAAGUCACUGCUGGUGUUGACUUAGCGCACUGAUAUCAUUUUAUAUAUUGUUACCUUACAGAACACAAUCAUAUCACCAGAUUUCAGUGUAUCUUGGAAUGUCAAUUCAACUCGGAAAGAGACGUUGUGACACACAUUUGGGGAGCUGUUUAUUUGUGCCUUGGCAUCCGCACCUCCGGUCGCUCCUUGACCCCCCUCCUGCCCGUCUGCUUCUUUUAAAAAAGGGACGAGACGCUGAUGCGAUCGGUGAUUAUUGAGGCUUAUCCAAACUCCACCUGCUGAUACUGCACUGCGUAUUCAUCCUGCUACAGCCUUUUCACCACACUGCGCCGGCCCCGAUCUGGUCACACAAUAUUUCAGUCGGUGCAAACACAUACAGAUACACACAAACACACACACACAUGCAGUAAUAGAGUCGACUUGUCCCCAGUUUCAGCAAAUUAGAGGCCCAUAUUUGUUUUUAAAAAACAUGAACCCCUGAUUCUAAAAGGAUGGAUAUGAAAGUACUGGCCACUUUGAGUUACAAUCUGUCUAAAAUACUGUUGUUUUCCAUUUGAACUGGUGGUUUUUAAUGGUUUUGUUCUCCACAGCAGUGAUGAUAACAUGACACGGCCUGCUCCUGUCCUAUCUCUCCUCCUCUGAUCCUUCAUAUGUCUUCGCUGUACAGUUUGGCUUCAGUGCACUUCUUUGUUCCUCUGCAAUAUUGACACUAGAAUCAAUCAGCCCAGUUUCUAUAUCGUCACACUGAUGACAACAACAUGUGACACAAUCGCAUGUAGUGAUGUGUUUCUUUUUUUUUUUUUUCUUUUGUUUUGCAUCUCAGGAAUAUAUUUCAUUUAGAUUUUUUUUUUUUUUCUUGAUUUGUUUCCUUUCUUAAAAUGGGGACUUGUGAGCACUUCUCACUCUGCUAGUCCCUGUAUGCUGACACCAUGUAUUUGUUGAGUUUAAGAUUAUCACAAUGUUAAUAAAAAUUAUUCAGUGAUUCUUCAAUAAUUCUGUCACCUUGCUGUCAUUGGAAUAUUAGACUUAAGAAAACAGUUUUUUGAUAUGACAUCACUGACUUGAAAUACUGAGAUUUAGAAAUAUGCUGCAAAUAAUCAUGAGUUUCGAGAAUGAUAGAAGGUGUGUUUUAACGGGAAUCUAAUUUUAGCUUCUGGUAUGUGAGCAUCCCAAUGCUUUUGUCCUCUAUCAUGUUUUUUCCUUGUAGCAGCACACAUCUUUAUGUAUAUCAGUCUGUAGAUGGAAGGUGUUAUAAGGCACUGUCACUCACUAAAUACAAAAAUAUCCACAGUAAAGCUCAGUAAAGAUCAGGAUUAGAGCUAGACGUAUGUUAGUUCAGCUUCUGAUGUACCUUGGUGAAAUAAGGGGGUUUCCUAUCAAGCUGUACUGAGAGAGCUUGAUUUGAUAUAGCACCGUAACGGAGGUGUUUCUCUCCCAUUGUCUGUGGGAUUUAUUAUAUUUAAUUUAGAGGUUCGUAUGUAUGAAAUGAAAAUUGUUGAAUAAAUAGUUGCCAAAACAUCUG